AUGGAUUUGAGAGGAGCCCUCUCGUGUGCUCUCCUACUGGUGACAGUGCUGUUGCCUCCUUCAGCUAAUGCGUCCACCAACUCACUCUACAUUGUGUAUAUGGGGGAGAAGAAACACGAUGAUCCAUCCGUGGUCACCGCGUCGCACCAUGACCUACUAACCUUGGUUUUUGGGAGCAAAGAUGAAGCUUUGAAGUCGAUAGUUUACAGUUACAAGCACGGAUUUUCAGGGUUCGCAGCAAUGCUCACCGUGUCCCAAGCCGAGACACUUACAAAAUUCCCCGAAGUCAUCAGUGUGAAUCUUAACACUUUUCACCAAGUGCAUACAACCCGGAGCUGGGAUUUCCUUGGCCUUGACUAUAAUAACAGCAACCAACAACAGCCGGACCUCCUCAAAAAAGCAAAGUACGGUGAAGAUGUCAUCAUCGGGGUGGUCGACACAGGCAUAUGGCCAGAAUCACAAAGCUUCGAUGACAACGGGUACGGACCAAUACCGGCACGGUGGAAAGGCACGUGCGAGACCGGCCAGAUGUUCUACAACACGAGCUGCAAUCGAAAGAUUAUCGGCGCGCGGUGGUACGGUCGCGGCAUGGGCACAGAUGUGGCUAAGAGAAACUUCAUGUCACCCAGGGACUCUGAAGGCCACGGCACACACGUCGCAUCGACGAUCGCAGGUAGCCAGGUGAAGGGCGUGGGCUACGGUCUAGCCACCGGCAUAGCACGUGGCGGAGCGCCGCGUGCUCGUCUGGGCAUCUACAAGGUGUGCUGGAAGGGCGAGGGCUGCCCUGACGCAACGGUUCUUGCGGCCAUCGACGACGCCAUACAUGAUGGCGUGGACGUCUUGUCCCUCUCGGUGGGAGGCCCAGCCGGUCACGAGUACCCUGGGACGCUGUACGCAGUGCUGCAAGGAAUCUCCAUCGUGUUCGCCGGCGGGAACGAUGGCCCUGUGCCGCAGACGGUGUCAAAUGCCGUGCCGUGGGUCACCACGGUCGCCGCCAGCACAAUUGAUCGCUCUUUCCCGACCCUAAUAUCUCGAGGGAACAAGGAAAAUCUGGCGGGGCAGUCUGUUUACUACAAUGCAUCUCUCAGCAGCAACGACUUUGAGGACCUUGUCUACGUGGGAAGGUACUCACUGUCGAUCAAUGCCACCGGUAAAAUCGUGUUGUGCAACGUACCGGCGCCGCCCCGUCCAGGACUCCGCGAGGCCAUCAACUUUACGAAGGUAGGCGGCGCCAGGGGACUAAUCUUCGCGCACCACGGUGAAAACGACGUGGAAAACCUGGGCGCGUGCGACGGCAUUAUGCCCUGCGUGCUUGUGGAUUCCGAGGUCGCCCAGAGAAUCGUAUCAUACUGGCUCGCCACAGGGGAUCUGGUGGUGAAGGUGUCGCCGGCCGUAACCGUCGUCGGGAACGGGGUGUCGUCGCCGAGGGUCGGCUGGUUCUCAUCCAGGGGCCCGAGCCCCUUGUUCCCCGGCACACUCAAGCCUGACAUAGCAGCUCCGGGAGUCAGCAUCCUGGCGGCCGUGGGAGACUCCUACAUGUUAAUGUCUGGGACGUCAAUGGCGUGCCCUCAUGUCUCGGCGGUCACCGCGCUGCUCAAGUCGGUUCACCCCGAUUGGUCACCAACGAUGCUCAAGUCCGCCAUCGUCACCACCGCGUCAGUCGUCGACCGUUUUGGUAUGCCGGUCCAAGCAGAGGGCGCCCCAACCAAGCUUGCAGACCCCUUCGACUUCGGUGGUGGCCACAUAGACCCAGAUAGGGCUGUUGAUCCAGGCUUGGUCUACGAUGUGGAAGCAAGAGACUACAUCAAGUUCUUCAACUGCACCCAGCUCGGAUCACAGCUGGAUGGAUGCGAGGCAAACCAGCUCAACCUCAACCUCCCGUCAAUUGCCGUGCCGAACCUCAAGGACAACGUCGUGGUCCGGCGUAUUGUCAUGAACGUUGGGCCAACGGAAGCGACCUUCCGAGUGGUGGUUGAGGCUCCAGCAGGAGUUGCAGUGUCCGUGGAACCAUCUGUGAUCAGUUUCACCAGAGGCGGUAGCAAAACCACGUCGUUCAUGGUGACGUUCAUGGCAAGGCAGAGGGUGCAAGGUGGGUACACCUUUGGGAGCUUGACAUGGAAGUCAGAUGGAAGUAUCCACUCAGUGAGAAUUCCGGUUGCAGUACGAACCGUGAUAUGA